AUGGCGCCAAUCCAUCAUGCAAGCUCCUCCUCCUCCGCUUCCUCCUCGAAGCCGCCCGUCGAUUGGUCCACGCACUGUUUCCCGGCGCCGCCCCUUUUUGUGCCAAGUGCACCAGCACUUUGGUCCCUUCUCGUUCCGAUUCUUCCGCAAAUCAAGAUGCCCAAGGAGCAGUACAUGUGCCAAUUGUGCGCCAACCACGGAAUAUUCAAUCAGCCGAAGAAGGGACACAAACAAAAGUGCCCAUACAGGACGUGUCCGUGAGUGAUUCUUGCUUUGUGUAAUUCUCCAACCAAAGAUGUUAGGCUCAAGAACUUUUCUAACACGGAUUGUGUAGAUGAUCAUAGAAUUCUCUAAAGACGGCGGACUUACCUACAGUAAUCAUUUUUAGUUUUAGAUAGGCUGUUUUGAUAUCAAGUCAUUAGGAUCCUCAAUCAUUUGCUUUCAGCUGUUCCCUAUGUGCUCUGAAUACAAAAAGACGAGCCCUUGAUCAGAUCGAACGACAACUGAAGCACACAAAUGAACCGAUGAUUGCACAGACUGCCACGUCAAUGACAUCCCCACAACCCGGUAAGCGAGGGCUUACCGGGUUGUGGGGAUGUCAUUGACAGAAUCCGAAAAGAUCUACUUCCGGACGUCUCAUCACCAGACAUUACGAUACUAGUUGCUGAGGAACAAGUGUGUCCAAAUCAUGGUUUCGAGACGUCCGGGAGUCAAAGGAUGCCAACCCCUCCACGAGUUCACCUAUCUCCUCGCCACCUUGCUUGUUCUUUCUCGACACACUCAAUCCACAAUCAAAUAAAAGUGUAGGGCAGCAGCCUCAGCAGCAGCAAGGUGGCUGAGCGUGUGGCCGCAAGUAAAAAACGCGUCGUUACGGACCAUAAAUUUGUCGGGUGUUUAUUGGCGGGCGCUACCAAUUGAUAUGAGUCCUCUCUUUCUCGCCGCGGCCAUCCAUCUCUCGGCACUUUUGAGACGAGGCAGAGGUUGUAUGUACGAGACAAAGUUUCAUCCGAUCAGCACCGGCGACGACUCGUUCUUCUUUUGAAAUUGGGCGCAUCCGAUUCGUGUUCUUCCCAUGCUUAUCGCUCGCACAGUCAAUUUUUCACGCGGAUACAACACAUGGAUGACGAGGAAACUGGCAGGGAGGGAGUACUGUAGGCGGAGGGAUCCGACAGAUGGAGAAGAGAGAAAAGUGAAUGAAGAAGAGGUUUCAGAAUGUCAGAUGUCGCCCACGACUGCCAAAUCAGCACCGAGCGUUCCGACGGCUGGAAAGGACACUUUCAGAAAUAGGUGAGCGGCCCUCGAGCACAGAUAUUGUCGUGAUCAUAAACAAACAUCUGUAUUCACUUCGAAACAAACUCUCGAAGUAACCUAAAGUAUUCCAUUGGUCACCUCUUUUUUCUACCUCCAAAUGAAGAAUGGUGAGGAGAGAAUAUGUGUACUCCACUCAGAAGUGACUUGUUUUUGUAGCACUUUCAAGACAUUUCUGAAGGACACAUGCUUCACCGUAACCUUUCUUGGUCUAGCAAAUUUUCCUUGUUUUACAGUAUCUCAAACAACAUGGCUUUCACUGUACAACUGCCUGCAACAAUAACGAAAAAGGAACUAAAAGUAAGUCUCCAACCGUUCUUCCUCUUCAAACGUUUCCUUGCUGCGUUCAGCUCCUUCGUCGCGACGAUCCACCCCUCCACAACCCCCUCAAACGAUCUUUCCCCAGAAGUUUGAACGAUGCAAUUGAGACGAUCAAAAAGGAGAAAAUGAGCAGCAUCUUCCAUUCGGCCGAAAUGCUCGCCGUCGGCGACUCUGCCACGUCACUUCUCUAG